GUCGGGGACCGAGACACUUGCACAGAAGAAUAAAAAGGAGAGAGAGAGAAGAGAGAGAGAGAGCGCGAGAGAGAGAAAAGCUAAGGCUCACACUGCUACGUUAAUGGCGGUUAGGGUUUUCUAUUAGUUCCCUAUACUGUAAUCUUCUUCCUUUUUUUUUGCCAUUUCUCUCUCUCUCGUCUCGCUCUUGAAACCCUAAUCCGUAAAAAAGCCUUUUGGACCCUUAAUUCAUCUCUUCGAAUUCGAAUCCGGUACGCGAGAACUGGAAUGGGCGCGCCGGAGAAAUCACAGGCCAACGCUAGUUCGAUGCAGCGUGUUAAGGUCUACCGAUUGAAUGAUGAUGGAAAAUGGGAUGAUCAAGGAACUGGACAUGUCACUGUUGACUAUUUGGAGCGAACAGAAGAGCUUGGUUUAUUUGUUUUUGAUGAAGAAGAUCAUGAGACAUUACUUUUGCAUCGUAUUAGCGCAGAUGACAUUUAUAGAAAGCAAGAAGAUACAAUUAUCUCAUGGAGAGAUCCAGAGUUUUCUUCAGAGUUAGCACUUAGCUUUCAGGAGACAACAGGCUGCGCUUACAUAUGGGACCAUAUCUGCAAUGUGCAAAGAAAUAUGAAUUUCCAUUCUCUUAACAAUGAUACGUUUCAUGGUCCCAAUAGUGAGUUGAGGGAGCUGCCAGCAGUUGAGCCAUCCACACUUCCUUUAAUACUUAAGACUUUGGUUGAGAGUGGUCUUGCUGAUCAGAUGCGGUUGACAGAACUUAUCUUGAAUGAUCAAGAAUUUUUUCGGAAGCUGAUGGUUGAAUUUAGGAUGUGUGAAGACUUGGAAAACGUUGAAGGUCUACACAUGAUAUACAAAAUAGUAAGGGGGAUCAUUAUGCUCAACAGUCCUCAGAUUUUUGAGAAGAUAUUUGGCGAUGAAUUGAUCAUGGAUGUUAUUGGUUGUCUUGAGUAUGAUCCUGAAGCUCAUCAUGCCCAACAUCAUCGUAAUUUUUUGAAAGAGCACGUUGUUUUUAAGGAGGCUAUACCAAUCAAAGAUCCUUUGGUCCUCUCAAAGAUACACCAGACAUAUCGAGUUGGCUAUUUGAAGGAUGUCAUUUUGGCUAGAGUAUUGGAUGAGGCGACACUUGCAAAUCUCAACUCCAUAAUUCAUUCAAACAAUGCCGUUGUUGUUUCUUUAUUGAAGGAUGACAGUACAUUUAUUCAGGAAUUGUUUGCUAGGAUCAGGUCGCCCACCACCUCAGCAGAAUCUAAAAAGAAUUUGGUGUACUUUGUGCAUGAGUUCUGUUGUCUGAGCAAGAGCCUGCAGAUGGUACAGCAACUUCGACUGUAUAGGGAUCUUGUGAGCGAAGGCAUUUUUGAUAUCAUGACUGAGGCUCUUCAGAGUCAAGACAAAAAGCUUGUAUUAACUGGGACAGAUAUCCUCAUUCUUUUCUUAAAUCAGGAUCCAAACCUUCUGCGUUCUUAUGUUAUUCGGCCGGAAGGAAUUCCACUUUUAGGACUUCUGGUGAAAGGAAUGCUAACAGAUUUUGGGGAUGAUAUGCACUGCCAAUUUCUUGAAAUUCUUCGCAGUCUUCUAGAUUCAUUUACAUUGUCAGGAGCUCAGAGAGACACCAUUAUUGAAAUUUUCUAUGAGAAGCAUUUGGGUCAGUUAAUUGAUGUCAUAACGGCAUCAUGUCCUUCAGACGGUGUUGCUCAAUCAAUUGGUAAAUCUUCGGGCUCUGGUGAAAAAGUCGAAAGUCAGAAUAUCGUGAAGCCUGAAAUUUUGUCGAACAUAUGUGAAUUGCUAUGCUUUUGUGUUCUUCACCAUCCUUAUAGAAUAAAGUGUAAUUUUCUCCUUAGUAAUAUGAUAGAUAAAGUUUUGCUACUGACUCGAAGAAGGGAAAAAUACCUAGUUGUUGCCGCUGUUCGAUUUGUUCGUUCUACCCUUACCCGUUGGGAUGAGCAUCUGAUAAAUCACUUCGCUAAGAAUAACCUUUUUAAGCCAAUUGUGGACGCCUUUGUUCGCAAUGGAAAUCGUUAUAACUUGCUCAACUCUGCCAUUCUAGACCUUUUUGAGUUUAUACGAAAGGAAAACAUGAAAUCAUUACUUAAAUAUAUAGUUGAUUCAUUCUGGAAUGAAUUGGAAAAAUUUGAGUAUUUGACGUCCAUACAAUCUCUAAAGGUGAAAUACGAGCAGUGUCUAGAGACUUGUGGAGCCAGAAGCACUGUUACUGUGGCGGAGCCUAGAAAGAGAAUUGAUGAGCGUGCUUUGGAGAAAGAGGAAGAAGAAUAUUUCAACGAGGACAGUGAUGAAGAGGACACGGCAUCAGCAUCAAUGCCAAAUAACAACAAAAAAGUAGUAGCCCAACCUGUUAUAGCAAAUGGAGUAGCUUCAAGUUACACCCCUUCAAGUCCCAACUCUGUUGGUCUGGUCGAUUACGAUGAUGAUGAGGAUGAUGAAGACUACAAACCACCACCAAGGAAACAACCUGAAAAUGAUGAAGAUGAAGGAACAAUAAUAGACCCCUUAAGGUUGAAGCGGAAAUUGCCCUUAAAGGACAAGGAACUUGAGCAAGGAAAGAAGCAUCGAAUAGGUAAAAACUCGAAACCAAAGGACAAUGUAUUUGCUGCUUUGUGUACGACACUGAGCCAGGCAGUGCUACCCUGCAAUAAAACUGCAAGCACAGUUCUCGUAUCUUCUCACACAGCCGACGAGGAUAACAAGAGUUCAGGUGAGGUAAAUCAUCAUCAGGAGAAUGAGCAUGCCGUUUCCAGAGACUGUCCUGAUAACAACAGCCUUGAACCUGAUGAGAACCACCGAGAGAAGGACGAGGCAGCAUCUUCUAGAAAUUGUACAGAGCUUUUGCAUGUAGCAGCCCCGUCCGAAAACAGGCAGUUGAGUGGAGAUGAUUGUGCAUUGAUACCACCCAAGUCCUCGCCGGAAAUGGCUGUGAAUGGUUCCUAACUUGGUCUACAGAAUAAGUCAGCAGGGCUUUCUAUUCUUGUUUGUUAAUUGAAUAUCGUGAAUGGCACCAGAACGCAGUCCCAAGCCGUGGCCAGUGGAACGACACAAAAUUGAAAAAAGAAAAAAAAAAUGGCAAAAUGGAAGAAGCAACAAGAGGGAUGGGAUGGGUUAUGAAUUAUUUAGGUUUAAGGAUCUCCAUCACGGAUAGGAGGGAGAGAUAAUACUGUAUAGAGCCGUUUGGAGGCCGAAAGAAUGUCCUACGAUUUGAGCCCUGUCUUAAUAUAACCAAACCAACCUCCCUUCAGCUGGCUUUUGCGGCUUCGAGUUUGGUAGUGUUGCAUUUUGUAAAACAUUCUUCAGCAUUUGAUUUUCUUUUUUUUUUUAUCCAAAUCUCUUUUUUUUUUUUCUCUUUCAUUUCUUUCUUUUGACACUACGAGUUACUUUUAAGCUCUAAUAUAAACAUGUAAUAGAGAGUGAGAGAGUGAAAGAGAGAGAGAGAGACACAGAGAGACAGAGAAGGAGAGGGCACCAACAUAUAUGCCCUUGCAUAGUGUUCCUUUUACUUUUUUUCUUCAAUGUUUUGUGCUGGAAUGGAAGGGUGGUUGUAACUGAGACGAAAGGGAAGAGGCCAAUUUUUCUCCAAUGUAGUUGAACUGGAACCUCAUUUAUAUAGAUUAUUGUAAAUUAAUUAUUGAACUUAA